UGUACGCGAGACUUCUUCGUGAUACGAGACUCCUUCUAGAUCCUCGAUAUUGUUUUUAAUUACUGUAAAUAUGCCAAAACGAGCCUGCCCUUUCGACGAGGAUUUAUCUCCUCAGCUGAAAACACACGUGGGGCAAAAAGAAGUUAAUAACGGAGUUUCAAAAGAUGAACGUAUGAAACAAGUUUAUGAUCGAACACUGAAUCUACUAAAAGAAGGUGCGAAGGAACUGGCUCAUAGAUUAAAUGAAUCCGAUAGUAUAAACUCUAUAUCAUGUUUUCCGCAAAAAAUUCAACCAUGCCUUAAAUCGAAUCGGCUUCAUUCUAAACAAAUGAUACUAAACAAUAAACUGCAACUUGAAAAUUCUGACAAGAAAAUACAGGAAAAAUUACCUGAUUUAUGUGGCUGCUGCAGAAUAAUAGAAUCAAGCGAAUCAAGUAAAUGUCGAUACUGCGAUCAAGUCCUAUGUUCCGGUUGUUUAACGGAAUGUUCAAAAUGUACAGAAACAUACUGUCAGAAUUGCUCGUUCAUUGUAUAUGAAAAUGGAGAACAUACUAUAUGCCUCAGUUGUUAUGAAUGAUUUUCAAUACUUUAGAGCCAUUUGUCAUUAGAAUUAAUUUAUUGCUUAGUCUGAAAUUGCAUUACUUCUAUUUGUUUUGAGUACAAUAGAACGAAAGAAAAAUAUUUACCGCAUAUAGCUUUUCUAGAUGAAUCAUGCUAACAUUUAAUGAAAUCCAUUUUUACACAAUAGGGAACUUACUAUUAUACACCAUGUCGAAUAAGAUUCCAGACAUUUGUACAUACAAAAACAAUGGAGAAUAUGUUACAUUCUUAAAUUAUUGUGGAUGAUUUUAAAUCUCUUACAUCUGUUUUUAAUGUUUAGUAUAAGUUAUUAUUUUAUAUACUUUUCUAUUACAUUACCUUCCAACUUGUGUGAUUUCGGGGAAUAAGAAAAACCGCUUGUGCAACAAAUACAUGUUGAGAUACUUAAUAAAGUUUACUUGAACAAAA